GUUUUCCUCGCAUGCAAACAUGUUGGAGUGGGUAAUGAGCACAGGAAGUUCAUGCUUUGGUUUUGGUGUCAGCGAUGGCACGGACGCGGACGACACACAUGGCGACAGCCCCUAUUACCUCCACGACUCAGACCAGGCACAGGAGAGAGGCGGCACGCCACCACCCAGGACCGGCUCAAAGAAGAGUGACAACCCGCUUGUAUCCAUCUUGGAGAAGGCGUUCCCGAACGCCAAGUUCAGCCGGUUGCGUCACAUUGCAGUUGUCGGCGCCCCAUGUUCGGGCAAAACGACAUUGCUGCACGUGCUCCGCGCCGGUGUUGAGAAGCUCAACGGCGACAGCGAGCCUGCAGGCCGCUCCCACCACCACAGAGACAGAGGCAGAGACGGAGCACGAGACCAGCCAGCCCCGUUUCGCGCUGGACACCGCGUGUACUGGGACAUGCCCGCCCUGGGGAUGACAGAGCAGACUGCGCAGGAAUAUUUCAGCGCUGUCGGCCUCCAUUCAGUGGACCUCAUUGUUUUCGCAAUUGGAACAACAGAGACAAAGGCCACUCAUGACGCCAUCGAGGAGGCGCAUUUGCAGCAAGUGCCAUCCAUUGUGGUGCAGACGCACAUGGACACCAUCGCAGCAAAGGAGCGUGUCGCCUGGAGGCGAAGUGGCAAAGCACUUGGUGCGUUCAAUGUCGAAGAUGCCAGUCGCCAAUACAUAGAGUAUGUCAAGCAAACCUACAGGCUUGACGAGUUCCAGUUUCAGCUGUUUGGUGUGAACGGCAUCGCCAACGUGGAGGAGGAGCAUCCUUUACAACGACACCUGUUUCAACGGCAACAACUCGCAGAGUGGGUGGACAAGCGCACACAGCUUCACCUCAAACAAGGCUGGUUUAGCACAUUAUGGUUUUGGAAGGGCGUCGAAUCGAAGCGGUUUGUGUGA